CAGGUUUCUCUCUGAUGGUACACUAGGUCGCUCAGAUGUUUCCGAACGCGGCCUUACGUGAAAUGAAACGUGUAGAACGAUCGAAGUACAUAACCGAAUUAAAACCAGCCCUUUUUACAGAGAAACAGAAUCACGUAAUUUUCCCCCAAGAAUACGCGUUCGCCGACUCGUUUUAGCUUGUUGGCGAAUUUAGCUUCGAUCGUAAACUUGCGGAUUCAAACGAAAUGCAAUUUGCGUCGUGGACACGCUCGUAGGAUAGACAGGGAAAGAAUGAAAAAGAAACUCGUUGGGUAAUUUAAAUCCAGGCCGUCGAUCGAGCCUUAUUAGGAACUUGAUCGGUCCAGCCAUCGCUGGGAUGCGGUAACUCGUGCUGGAUCAGCUGACUCGCGCGAAGGCUCGAUCUCGCUCGCGCGUCGCUGGUGGCUGGCACGUGCGAGACUGGAACACUUGACACUGUCUCCCGAUCAUGGCCUCGUUACACGUAAAUCGCACAGUUGGUGAUACUACAGCACAGUUUUUUUCAUUAAUCGAGAGACUGCUCUCGUUAACCAGCACGAAGCUCAGCGAUAAGAAACAGAUCAACGUAUAUUUGAACGAUCUCAACGAGCUGGACUACAGAUGCCUCGAUAUUGUAAAUAAUGACGCGGUGCUACUGUUGGUGAAUCAGCUUUGCGCGAUUGUACUACCAACGGAAACGUCCCUGGUCCGAAACGUUUGUAAAUUUCUGUACAAUCUGACGCAAAGUAACAUCAAGCUCCACGGCCGGACGUUCGCCACUUGCAAGCGAUGGAUCUUGGAAGCGUUGGAAUUUUCCGAGCCACUGGCACAAGUCGACGUGUUGCUCGCCAUAAAAAGCUUUUUACACUUUGGAUAUUUUGAUGACGUCAAUCACCAUGUACGACUGUUGCUCAGGAAUAAGGGUUUGUUAAUAAAGCAUUUAAAUCCGUUGUGUAACCCAUGGUCUGAAAUCAAUUUUCACGCCCUUGGGUGUCUAGAAGAAAUGGUAGUGAACAAAAGUAGCGGUUACUGCUUAUCGGACGAGUUUACGUGUUUGAUAAGAGAUAUAAUUUUUAAGAUUCUGUCACUCCUGCCGUACCAUAGCGACGAUAAGCUUUACUAUAGUAAAAUUAUAAAUUCGUGCUUGCACAUUUUGCAUUGCAUGAUUUCCGAAAAAAUGAUCCCCAGCUCUCCCGACUUCGUUGGAGAGAUAUUGGGAGUGGUGCAAGCGUUUCUGUUCUACGGCAUCAAGGGUUACUCGGUUGCGAGGCCGCAGUUACUUCGUCCAGCCGCAAUGAAUCUACCGGAGCGCGUUCACGUGGUUCCCAAGUGCAAGAAUCUGAAGAAUCACAAGGCGAAGCCCAAGAAGGCACCGGCCAGGAGAACCGACGCGGGAAACAAUGUUCUACCGGAGCACACGGGAAUUUCCAAAUAUUCCAGCGACUCGGACACCUCCGACACAGAAAUUAAUAAUUCUGCCCAUAUCGAUUCCAAAGUAAGAUUAGGAGCUGUACGCUUACUGCAGACUCUCACAGAAAUCACGCAGAGCCGAGAGAUCUUCGGGUACUGGCCGCAAAUCGUGGCCACCGGUUCACGAAACGACGUGCGAGUAUUGACGAGAAGUAUAUUGGUUGAACCUGUGCCUAAAGUACGACAGAACGUAUUGAGUUCGUUAACGGAACUGCUGAUAGGCGCUAAACCAUUCUUGAUACACGCCGAAGACACCAAUCAUACCUCCUUCAUUACGUUCUUCGGCACGGUGUGUUUAAUGGUCAAAGAACUGCAUUUUACGUUAUCGUUAAUUUUGCUCACCGAAAAGAACGUAGCCGUGUUAACGCACGCGUUAAAGUGCACGGCAGCUCUUGUGCAGGGCACGCCGUAUGAGCGAUUGAAACUUGGCUUGGCCACCAAACUAGUUAGGAAUUGUAAGCCGCACAUAUUUCACAAAGAUCCGACUGUACGCGUUGCGGCGCUAUCCAUUUUUGAAGCAUUUGCCUCGAGCGAACCCAUCACACAGGAAAUAUUAAGUAUAUUGGCUAAACAAACUAUGGGUGGAACAGGGCCGGAAAGGUCACAGCUCGAUACCGGUGCCACGAGCGAUGUUGGAACGGAAGAGGAGGAAAUAGACAUCGAGGACAUGGAAAAUUCGACAGACCGCUGUAGCGAGAUUACGUCGAUGUCGAAAGACGAAAGCAUCUGUCUGCUAAUUCGCAUUUGCUUAGAAAAUAUAUCCAAUAAGUCGGUUAAUACACCUGUGCGACUUCAGUCUUUAAAACUCCUGGGGAGGCUGGCAUUUAACACGGGGAGUCUCGUGUAUCCUCAUCUGGAGAAAGUGACCGCGACCUUAAUCUCGAUCAUGGGAGAAUCGGAGAGCCAAGUGGUGUUGCACACAUGCCGGGUUUUAGAGAUUAUGUCCGGCUGUCUCGGAAACACCGAGACUUAUCAUAACAACGGCAUAUUAUUUUGGGACAUUAUAUUUGAAUCUAUGAUAUCACUCGCCCAAACGUCACAGACCAUAUUGCGAGAAGCCGCAUGCGAUUGCCUAGGCAGCAUCAGUGGAAAUGUAUUCGCGCAAUUAUCGAGGCAAAGAAUUAUAUUAAUAAUUACAAUACUGUUUGGGGCAGUUCGCGACGAGGAAAGCGCUGUCAGGGCAGCAGGCUUGCGUGCGUUAGGGAUGUUGGUAACUUUAUCGGCGUUGGAAUGUGACACGGGCUUCCUCGUGGAUCUGGCUGAUACGGUUUGCGCAGCUUUUGAAGACAAGAAUCUCGGUGUUCGCGUGAAGAGCGCUUGGGCAUUGGCGAAUUUGUGCGACUGUCUUUCGAGGCAAAAACAACACGAGGAAGUAGAACCAUUUCCUCUAGAAGAUCUGUUACCUAAGUUGUAUCAUAUAAGCGUCAAGGCUGCGAAAGACAAUGAUAAAGUGAAGUGUAACGCCGUGAGAGCAAUUGGAACCAUUUUAUAUCUGUGUCCACAGAAGCACAUACUUUCCGAUACAACAUUGGGACUGGAUGCGCUGAUUAAAUGUGCUGUUUUAGGAAACGAUAUGAAAGUACGGUGGAACGCUUGUCGAGCUUUAGGAUUGGUUUUGAGUCACGAUCCAGAUGCGAUAUUGCCACCUUCCUGGAAGGAUCAAGUAUUUCCAGAACUUUGUACCUUGAUAUGUAACAGUCCAAAUUUUAAAGUGCGCACCAACGCCGCAUGGGCACUGUCCUCGUGUAACUGUUACGACAAGUACACUGUGAUGUUGUGGAAAAGUAUUGUAUUAGCAUUCGAAAAUGCUCAACAUGUCCCAAGUUACGUUGAAUAUCCGCAUCGAGACGCACUCAUUCAGCAACUGUGCCUUACUCUUGCUCGUGUUGCCGCCUGCACAGAGAAAUCUGAACUGCAAAGUCUUUGGAUCGAGAUUGGCGACCACGUGGAAGAAAUUUCCAAUUUUAUGAAGCAGUUUCAGGAGACUGUUCUACCUGAGAAGCUGGGAGAUCUAAUUAAGGCGAAAGCCCAAUUGGAACAACACGCGAGAAAUACAUGUUCCGUCGAAGAACGACAAAUCGCUCAAUCUUUGGCAAAUAUAUUCGAGAGAACUAAUCGUUACGACAACCUAGAUGCCAUUACCUCUGCAAUGUAGAUUUGUAUAACUAAAAUAACAAGAAGUAAAAUAA